AGCGAUUUGCGAUGUAAUAAGUUAAAAACGGUAAGUGCAGAUUUAUUGGAGGGUCCAGGAUACAAGCUUUCAACUUUGUAAGUUGACUCUCACUUUAUAAAAAUCAUAAACGGGUUAUUUGCACAAGCAUACACUAUCUGUAUUUAUUGAUUACAUUUCUUGCGUAGAAUUCUGGAAGGUUACUGGCCGACUGCACACUGUCUGAUGGCAUAAACUGUUUGAUUUUGUUUGGUAAAUUAGUAUUUGACUCGUCUGCAUUUUACAAAGAAAUUUGAUUUAACUCUAAGUUUAGUUAUAUUUGUCUCAUCGAUCUUUGAUUUCAAAGUAUAUUUCGACUUAUUUGCGUCGAUAUUUGGACAUUAAAAUGAUGGCAAAAUUUCUUUUGGUCUGUCUCUUGCACGCGAUUUUGCAAAAAAAGUCCAUCAGAAAUGCAGGUCAAAAGUUGAAAAUUUUGGCCUCUUUUCUAUAGUCUAUAUUUAACAAUUAUUCUGCGUACGGGCGUCGGAUAUGAGUUGACUAUAAUUAUCUCAUAUCCAACAAACGCGAGUGUAAUAAUUGUUUUAUUAAGAACGCCCCCAAAAUAUCGAUCAAUUUUGUUAUAACAUGCAGACCGAAAGAGACGAGCGACUUGUGGCGGGUGUGCAUAUAAUAUAUGCAUACCCGCUGCGAUGGAAUAGCGGGGGAGGGCUCGAUGAGUUCUUCAUACAGUCUUCAGAUAUUUCGUUAUGCGCAGACCUUUCCCUUCAGUCGUUGUUUCGUGACGCAUUACAUGAAGUAAUUUUGAGAAGGUAAACCAACUUGUGUAACCAAUCGAUAUUUAUGCUUCUCGUUCCUUUAGAUAGUAAUUAUUGAGUCAGUUAUUGCUUUUGGAGUAUCGCUUGGGUGAGCUCUGUUUGCUGGGAUACCAGAUAAUGACAAUUCGAGUUUGGGAUAAAUUUGGCCACAAAAGUGGCCGUUUAUUUAAUUUAAACAUAUAAAGCUAGGGAAAUCCGGAUACACAAGAAGAUUAUCCCAGCAAAGGUUAGGGCAUACCCGCCACAGCCCGGAGCAAGGAACGAGUGACAGGGCUGCCCCACCACAGGCCAAAGCAAGAGAACCGCCAAUAGAAAACCUUAGUACUCUGAAACCAAAAUGUACAAAUACUAUUGAAGGAGCCCUGCUUUCACAGCCACAAUACAUUUUACCAAACACCAACUCUGAGUCACUAGAGUAAAGUGAUGAAAUCAAGCCUCUGCAUGCUCAGACAGUCACAUUUGAUAAGAUUUACACAAAAUCCUAGUUACCAAGAUGGAUCAGUGUUACCAAGAAGGAUGUACAAGGGCAAAUCAACGAAUGAGGUGGCUGUAUGGCCCUUGCUCACACAGUCACGUUGGAUUAGACUUAGCACUAAAUCCUAGUUACCAAAAUGGAUCAAUGUUUUCAAAAAGAAAGUACAAGUUCGGUCAAGUUCGAAUGAAAGAAAUGGCAGGAUGGCCCCUGCUAACAUGGUCAGCUUGGAUUAUACUUGGCACAAAAUCUUAGUCAACCUGCCUAGUUAUGAAGAUUGAUCAAUGUUUACAAAAGGAAUUUACAGUGCACGAGGUCGAAUAAAUGAGAUGGCAACAUGCUCUUGUUAACACAGUCACCUGGGAUUAUACUUAGGACUAAACCCUAUCUAUGAAGAUGGAUCAAUGUUUUCAAAGGAAAUGUACAAGGUUAAAUCAAUGAGAUGGCUGUGUGGCCCCUUUACACACAGUCAUAUUGGAAUAUAAUUAUCAUAAGGUCUGAAUUGCCAUAGCUAUGAGUUGUUUGAGGCAGGACUAAGAUAAAAAAGGAUAAGCACAAAAUUAAAUUAACAUCUGAAUGCUUACCAAGCAAAUGCCUGUACAAAUGUAAAUUCUUUUUGCCUACAAUUUGAUGAGUGGACACUCUUAACAACUAACAAUUAAUAAUUGACAGUGAAAAUAUGUUUGAACGAAAGAAAAAAUAAUCCGAAUUAAAGUUUAAUCCUGGAUUAGCGAUUUUUGGCAUUCAAACAACUGCAUGGACCCGUAAUAGAACUGAUUAAAUGUGAAAAUCGUUGAGAUGGCUCUAUGGCCCCUGCCUACACACUUACCUUAAAUUUAAGUUAUAACAAGGUCUUGUCAUAGCUCAGUGACGUAAUGAACUGAUUAAAUUAGAAAAUCUGUGAGAUGACUGUAUGGCCCUUGCUCACACACAGUCACCCUGAAACUUAUCAAAAGUCUGAAAUAACUCAUUGAUGUAACUGAUUCAAGUGAAAAUCAGUGAGGUGGCUGAAUGGCCCCUGCUCACACAGUCACCUUGAAACUGUACACUUAUAUCACAAAAGCAGAAAUCACCAUCUGGAGAUGAGUUAGGCAACUGACAGAUGAAUAAAGUAAAAAAUUAAUAUCAUAGGAGGACCGGGUGGCCCUGACUUACGGUGACUCACAGUGACUCAGAGCUAAAACAACGGUUUUACAUUUGAUAAAGCUGCCAACCAAUUUCGUGACACCAAGCUUAAAUACCCGGAGGUCCGAACGUUUUAUCCUUUUUCCUCGGAGAUCACGUUGCUUCGACGGUGUCCAGCUGCAUGGCAUGGUUAGGAAAGAUCCACCGAGUUUAUCACUCCUUAGUUUUCAGCAAGCUAUGUUACUGUUGUAAAUGUCUGGAGCAGCACCUCAGAGCACAACUUGAAUAGGAUCGAAGCUGCGCAAAACCGCCACAGGACAAAGAACCUUCUAUUUCAGAACAUUAAACUUUGGAACUCACUGGACCCUGCUCUUAAGUUCAAACCGACCUUAAAGGAAUUUAAGCGUUGUCUAAAGAAAAACUUAAUCUCAAUUUUUUUAAGUGACUAGGACAUUAUUCACUCAUUUUUACCAAGUUAUCAAUGCACACAGUUUUUAAUAGUUUCAGUCACCAACUUUUCUUGUUCAUAGGCUCUGCUUGUAUUAGACAUUAACUAUUAAUUUUACCUUUAUUCUGAAAAGCCCUCCUGGGCCGAAUUAAGGACAUAUGUAUGUAUUUAUGCAUAUGCAGUGGGGAAGAUAGUGCUUCGAUAUACUAUAUAUCACGGCUUAAUCAAAUGAAGCCCGUUCUCUUUGCCGAUUUAUCUUAAGGAAAUAUGGUAGUGCGACCCUAUUAGGCGGGAAAAGACAAAUCCUUUUAUCGACAAUUAACAUCUCUUCGUUAAAUUACAUCUUCACGUUAAUUUUAAUAGCCUUUUAUCUCAGGGACUGGAUAAGUGGGACCCUUGCUUGCCUGAUCAUGAACGUUUCGAUUAAAAAUGCUAGUUGGAAAGGAUACAUGUUAUUUAAGUAUAUAAACAGAUUUUGGAACUUAUCGGUGACACGUUUUAGCCUUAUAAUAAGUAACAAAGAUAUGAGAUACCCUGGGAUCUAGCUCUCUCGCCAGUCUGAGCUCGACCUGUCUGAGAAAAGUGAAAACAACAAGAUCACCUCUAGCCCUCCCUCUUCCUCUCUAUUUUUCUCUCCGUGACGUUUAACAGAAAUUUAAAAAAGAAAAAUCUGUUGUUUUAAAAAAGUUCAAUAGUUUACAUCGGUUUGAGCCUCUAACGAUCUUUCCGGGGUAGGAAAAAAAAAAAGGCUGAUCGAAAUAGAGUCCAUUAACAACGAGACAAGACACGCAAUUGACACGCGUAAAAAGCAUUAUUGGCGACUAGUGCACGAUUGAAAACUUCCAUUUUUUACCCCUAACGAGUAAGAUUUUUGGCUGUUUUAUGGCUAACGGUUAUAUCAUCGAAACCCUCUUAAAACUGUUUAUUACCUUGACCACGGGUUACCCAGCAACAUAAGAAAUGAGCAACGAACCACAACAGAAAGAUAAUUUAUAUUCUGCACUUCAAGCAAAUAAACCAAAACUGGAUCAUCCCAACCGAGGACGACCUAACCUUUUAAGUAAUAAAGUUCUUUUUGCCACUCGACUAUUGCACACUCACCACAUGUAUGCCUAUAGGGCGGACCUAUUUUUUCACCUGACACUCCUAUCAUAACUGUCACAUAUAUUUAAGACUCGCAUCGGCCAGAAAAAAAACUACCAUCGAAAAUUUCACUAACGACUGUCUUUAGUCGACCUUGUCUUCGAAUAACGGCGGCCAUCAUCUUGCGGCUCGCAGUGAGAGAUGCAAGACCAGCGAAACGUAGACGGGAUUUAUAGGCACAAGCAACAAACACUGUCGGCUUAGUAGCGUCGUCCUGAUCAUUUGUAAGGUGUUUUAAAAGAAGUUAACGCGUCAGCGUCUUUUACUUGUUUUUAUGCUUACGUUGCACAAGUAAAUUAGUCUUUAUUGAAGGGUGGAAUAGAAGUUGAACUCGAGAAAUCAAAAUUUUCAUUCAUUUUUUCUCUGGAACAUUUUAAUCAUUACUAUUUUUGCUGUUCCUUUUCUAACAGAGACCUGUCUACGAAUGAACUUUUUAGCAUACCUGAUGGCACUUUCGUGCAUUUCAGUGGUCUCGGUACAUUGUAAGUACUACCAGGAAACGAUUUGUGGAAACCUAUUUUAGGACUGACCUCAUUUUAGUAAUAAGUCAUAAGGAAUAUGUUACAAGAGUCGAAAAAAGUAAUUUCCACUGAGACAGACUUCUUUUGCUUUCUUUAUCCCUAGACAUUCGACUUUUAUAAUCAACUUGCCUAGGAAAAAACCUCACAGCCCGCACAAAGUUUUUCACUGUCACUUGAUUAGCAAUUACGUUAUCUCACACAUUUCCCGACUUUAAAGAAAUGUCGUCCGAUACAUAUUUUCAUAGCGGAGCUCGGCACGCGCGCGAACGUAGCCCCAUACCUAGCAAAAUGUGGUAAUCUACCCACUCAAGAAUUUUUGGUAAUCACGUGAUCGUACGCCCGUCCGCUUGUCCGCCCGCCGUGAGUCCGCACCACAGGCAUACCAAUGUAAAAUAACUCACUUAACAGGUGUGGCAACCCAAAUGCAACUCAAUCUUGUUUUGGCUUGAAAUCGCAUAGCCAUCCGCGUCUUGUGAGGCUGAGACAACUAAAGAGUCAAUAAAGACGAAAACGGAAAGCGGAAAUUGUUUCUGUAUCCAUGUUGUCUAAAGUAUUAAGCUUAGAUUAAUUGUCAUGUCCACAAAUUUGGAAUAUAGAGAAACAGAAAGACAGAGAAAAAGAGAAAAUAGGCGAAGGGCCAGCGAGGCUCAACGAGAAAAAGAGCGACGGAGAGCAAGAGCGAGAGAUAAGGAGCCAUUUUUUGUUGGUAGAGCAACAUGAAUUUGUAGCGGCGGUGAGAAAAUGAGAAAAUGCUAGCGGUCACCAAAGAAAAAAUGAGCGGCAGUGAAAAAGUGAGCAAGAACAUGUACAACAUUUCUUCAAUAAAAUGCGUAGCCAGGAAGUUUCUGGACGUUUCACGUUGUAGUCGUGCAAAACAACGGCAGAGAAAUGUACAAAAAAAAGAAGUGUUCUGCAUGGGCAAAGUUGUUUUUUUUGUGCUUAUGAGACCUAUUGUUGUUUUUUCACAGUUCUAGUUGCCUUCGCCCCUUAGCUUUACACGAUUUUAUAUUUAGUUUGGGAAAACUAUAAAUAUUACCGAGAGCUUCGCUUUUAGUCCUGGCUAAAUCUAUAUAUUAUUUUUUGCAUGUUUAAAACAAGAUCGAUGAAAAUAGUUCAUAAAUCCACAUGUUACACUGGCAUCAUCUGCAUAGGCCAUUGUGCCGAAGAACCAUAAGACGGUGGUGGGCAAAAAGGGUACGUUGGGAUCAUCUCUUGCGGAUGAGGUGGGUAAUACCAGCCAGUGUUAGGGUUCACAACGGCCUGGGUAUUACAAAUAGCUGGCUGUCCUAAUCUGUGGCAUGUAAACAUCAAUGGUAAGUGUCGAACAUAUUGUAUUAAAGCGUUGUUAUUUCGACUGUGGUUCGGGUUCUGGUUUCAAUUGUGGCCGUGAUGAUGCUCUUUUAGUAGGUGUGGUUGCUAUUGCAGCUCGUGGUCUGUAUUUGCUUUCCUCAGAUAGCAUCUCCUGAGAAAUGUUGGACCUUGUUGCUGCCAAAUGGUGAAAUCACAGUGCUGGGACCCUUUUGAUUCGUUGUCAUCAAAAUCAACAGAGUUAAACUGUACAUGGCCUUCCGUAGUAGAAAUUGGUCAGGCCACUCAGCCGGCUUUGGUUAGCAGGUUGGGAUUUUAGAAUAAUCGCUUUUGCUGUCACUGCUGAUCUGUGAUACUCUGUGCGCUUUCACUGAAAUCUUGGCAGUGCUCCAAGUUCUGUAACCCGCCCGACUGUUCUGCUGUUUGCGUUAUGGGG